GCUAUUCAUUCUAGUGAGUUACAUUUUCGUUUUACGAAAUACGAAGUACGAACUAUUUCGUAAAGAAUACGAUUUGUCAUCCAGUUCUAAGUUCUACAAUUUUUGCAUUUUUACAAACAGUUGUGUAUUGUGCAAUAAAUUCAGUGAUCCAAAUACGUAGAAGCAAUUCAAACAGCUUUAUUUAGAUAUAAAUUUUUUGAUCAUUUGACAGUCUAGUGAGGUUUCUUCUGUGAGACGAGAUCAUAGUAUCGUACAUUUUGUGUACCUCUUUUACGCUAAAUUAAUUUAAGUGCCUGAUGGUGCAGAAAGUAUGUGCGGUUAGUGAAUCAUUAAGGAGGGUAUCAGAAUGGGGGCUUUUUUAAACAAACCUGAGACUAAGAAAUACAAUGAGAGCGGGGAAGGUAACGGUCUGCGCUAUGGCGUGGCGUCAAUGCAGGGCUGGCGCGUGGAGAUGGAAGAUGCUCACCACGCUCAAUUAACACUAAAUGGAACGUUGUCAGAUUGGUCGUAUUUCGCUGUAUUCGAUGGCCACGCGGGUGCUCGAGUGUCCGCGCAUUGUGCAGACAAUCUUUUAGAAUGUAUCUUACAAACGGAGGAGUUUAGACGGGAUGAUAUAGCGGAGGCCAUACGUGCCGGGUUUCUUGAUCUCGAUAAAAAAAUGAGAGAAUUACCGGAUCUGUCAAAUGGAGUGGAGAAGUCUGGGUCGACAGCAGUCUGCGCGUUUGUAUCGCCUAAACAGAUUUAUAUAGCAAACUGUGGAGAUUCCCGAGCUGUUUUAGCCCGAAAUGGGGCACCUAUAUUUGCGACACGCGACCAUAAACCUGAGCUACCAUCAGAAAAAUCGCGAAUUGUUCAAGCGGGAGGUACAGUAAUGAUACAGAGAGUCAAUGGUAGUCUAGCAGUGUCUCGUGCUUUGGGCGACUAUGAAUAUAAGAAGGUGUUGGAUCGUGGGCCAUGCGAGCAGCUUGUCUCCCCUGAGCCUGAAGUAUCAUGUCAUGAACGACUAGAGUCUGAAGACGAGUUCUUGGUGCUGGCAUGUGAUGGAGUAUGGGAUGUGAUGAGUAAUGAAGCCCUUUGUGCAUAUGUACAUUCACUACUACAGUUAACAGAUGACCUUGUUGCUAUCACCAAUCAAGUCAUUGAUACCUGUCUCUAUAAGGGUAGCAAAGAUAACAUGAGCAUUGUGCUGGUUGUGUUCCCUGCUGCGCCAAAGCCAGAUCCUGAAGCUCAGCGUGCUGACCGUGAACUUGAUGAAACACUUCGACAAAGGCUCACAGCGUUUAUUCAAGCAAACGCCGGUGCAGAUGACGAAGACGCCUCCUCGCGUUUCUCGCGAGUUCUUAAACAGUUGGUGGAGGAAAACAUCCCAGGCCUUCCGCCAGGAGGUGGCCUAGCUGCUAAGCAAGGAUUACUGGACAAAAUCUACAGGGAGUUCUACCCGGAGCACACUGACAGCUCGGAGACAUUCGACUGCCAGACUGAGAUUGCCGAGUCUCUGGGUUCAAACUAGGCACCAAAUUAGCAACCAUUUAUUUACAUAGCCGGAUUUAUAGCAAUAUACAUUUGCUGGUCAAAUUCUAUGGUCUUUUAAAAUAUAAAUUUUGUACAAUUAAUUAUUUACACUAUAACUACAUAGUAUAAAAGUUCUUAUCGUUUUAAUUAUUUAAAAAAUCUAAAAAAUUAAUUGAGUUUUGAGAUGUAGAUAUGUGGUUGCUGUUAGGGUCUAGUGUUUACCCACCAAGAUGAUAUAGUUAUGGCAUUUGAAAAUUGUGUGUUAAUUCUUGGUUAAAUAAGCCUAUGCCAUUUUAUGCGUUCCAAAUUUUAAUAUUGGCAACAUUUCUUACUGUACAUAGAGUUAGACUCCUUUUAUGAAUGCGGGAUUGCUUCUGGUAACCUCAGCGCAUCGAUCGUUACUUUGGAAAUGCUAAUUAGUUAGUCGAUAUAAUUUGUUUUUAUAACUUUAACGAUCGCGCUGUCUUUGGUACGUUAAUAUGUAUGUUCUCUUAAUACUCUUUCAUCAAUUAUUAUCUGUGCCGUGGUCGGUCUUAGACAAUUUUGUGUGCGCUCUUAAUAACGCCCGCUCCACGGCAAUAUAAGCAAGAAAUUACUUGAUUAAUUUGUGUGGCACAAAGUUCAAAUCCCCUAAAACAAUAUUCUAUAUUUAAUGACAGCACACGAGAUUUUUUUCGAUUGGGUGUUUUUUGUUUUCGUUUCGUAGGUAGUUUUUUUGUUAGUAAUUUGACUUUCAUAAAUGUCAUAAUAUUAGAUGUAAAAUAGAAGCAUUAAUUAUAAAUCAAUAAACCUAUUUGCAUAUACAAUAGUUGUUAAAUUCUUUUAUGUUAAUAUAUAACAUAAAUUUACUUAUGUCACUUGUAUUUUUCAAUUAAAUGACUUUAAUUUUUGUAUGUUUAAGGCGAUUUACUUAGUUCUUUAAACAUCUAAAUCAUUACGUCCUUGUGUAUUUCAACAUUGCAAUGUCUAAAACAUGAUAAUAUAACAAACUUAUCUAAAUUACUGUUAUACUUGGAAACUUACUUUUCGGCAUGAUGAUACAUGUAUCUUUUUAUCUGUAAAUAAACUAACUACAUAGUCAAAUCCAAAUGUUUCGUAUAGUCGUAAUUUAGCUUAGUAAAACACAGAAUUAGACCACAUUAUAGUAUUUUUCUUUUUUUUAAUAAUCUUUGAUUUAAUAUCUCAGGUCAUAUUGUCUUAUUUUGGUGUAAAUUGCUUUUGUACUUAGAGGUAACACUAAAUACAACCAUAUCGAAUGUGACUAAAUUUUUCAAUUAAAAAUUUCAGUAAAGCAAAAUAUUGUUGAUUUUAAACCUUAACAAACCCGUAGAUUACUUAGUUAUAUUUCCUCUUGCGUGUAAAUAAAAAAUAUACUUUUGUACCUGCUCGAGCGGAAUAUUAGAUUCUAAAAUGUGAAUUCGUGAAAAAUUUAUAUUGUAUAAUGUACAGCUGUGUAUUCUUAUUUCACAAAUUUAAUUAGAAGAUUUAACGAAACUGCAAUUGAAUACUUUUUUCCGAUUGGCAUCUUUACAAUGGAUGUUUGAAGUAAGAAUUGUUUGGGCUGUACAACGUCUUGGCAUUGUUAUACAUUUUAAAUUAUCAUUGGAUUUUGUCCCGAGACAUGAUAAAUAUCAGUAGCGUUACUGUCCAUGCAAUGCGCAUGAAGUUGACAGACUGCGAAUCAGUGGGUAACAUGUCAGGUAGAUUUUUUGUUUUAUUUUAUGUAUGCGAAAGUCUGUAGUUUGUCUGGUUGUUUUCUAUUUUAAUUUAGCUUUCAAUUGAAAGUCGAUGCGUGUGUCUCCUUAUAUCUUGUAGACGCUUGAACAAUAAAUAAAUACCUGUACGUACCUU